UUGGAUGUUAAGCUCUUGGAUGGUCUUAGUGGAAAGGGUCAACGAGUCGUGAAGGCUAAAUUUCGUGAUGGGCAGCAGGCCUGUUACUUUGGAGCGGAACUGGUUUGGAAGGUUGCUCGCAGGCUUGAAGACAAUGACGAGAUCGUGAUUACAGCCUAUGAUGUUAGUAAAUACAGACCAAAGAGAGCGAUUGGUUCCGUCACCGUUAAUUUGUCAACUCUCGCGCAGAGGCAAGUGCUCAACUUGGAGGAGCCGCUUGUCGAUGCAAACAAAGUGGUCACGAAUGUAACCCUCUCCUUCGACCUCUUCUACCGACCACCAGACCAGGGUGAAGUCGAUCUUGAUAUCGACAGGUUUGGUCACCCUCUGGCUGACCUUCAUCAAGUCAAAAGCGCCGAUGAUCUUGGUGAAGGCGACGUAGAAUUCGGUGAAGAAGCCAUGGGAGAUGACAAAGAUAUCAUGGAUUUAUAUGGGUUAGGCGAUGGCGCUACUAUGGACAUUGAAGGUCUUUCAGAGAGAUCCUCAGUUCUCUCUGGCCCCGUUCGAAGGGACCCAAAAUUGAAAGCACUCAUAGAUCCGACCAUUCUCAAGUCUGAAACAUUCACAGUCUCCGUGACAAUUGUGGAGGCGAAAGGCUUGCCCGGUGUGAACGUGAAUCCUAUGGUUGAAGUCAGCGCGGCUGGAAAGACUCGCAAGACAGAUGUUAAAUUUUACACGAACAAUCCGUACUAUAACAAAUUCUUCUCAUUUGAAUACUUCCUUCCUCGAGUGGCGGUGUUGGAUGAACUUAUCUGGAUUCGUGUAGGGCAUGUGCUCAGUAAUAAGUGGGCUGUGCUGAUUGAUCCAAAGAAACCCCUCAGUGGACCUCAGGGGUACGUGCGGGUUGACCUGGCUUUUCUCGGGAAGGACGACAUUCCAAAGGUUAGUGCUGUGUUUUUGUCAUAUUUUAUUUGUUCUAACCCUUUGCGUACAUACACUUACAAAAAUCAACUUGUUCCGAAGGGCAUAACAAACCUCUCAAAGAGAAAUGUCACAGAAUUUUCAGUGAAAGUGUACCGAGCCGAAGGACUGCCGCCGAUGAAUACAGACAUCAUUACUUCCAUUAAGCAGGCCUUUGUGGGUGAUUCUGCUCCAAUGUGCGAUCCCUACGUGGAGGUCUCUUUUGGGGGCCACACUGUUAGUCCUGAUUUCGCAAAAACUAAGGUGAAAAAGUACACCUAUACUCCGAUAUGGAAUCAAGAAAUUGUCUUUUGCGAUUUCUUCCCUCCCCUAACCCAUACAAUCCGUCUCGCUGUGAGGGACUGGGAGGCCGUUAAGGACGAGACGAUUGCAACGCAUUUAAUUGACCUCAAAAUGAUUUUGGAUAAAAGCAGUGAAAGUGAGUUAAAUUCAUCUUGGCUAAUGGGCCAGUACUCCCAGCUGGUUUAUGUGAUGCCAACAUUUGGUCCCUCUUGGGUAAAUCUCUACGGCUCACCGAGAACUUAUACUUACGAACAAGCUCGUCGCCCGGACGAUGAGUUGAAUAGGAGUCUCGGCGAAGGUGUCGCCUACCGUGGUCGUCUGCUCAUCGCUAUCAAGGCGCAGCCGAGCAAAGAUGCCAUGAAAACAGGGGCCAUCCUCAGGGGAACUCCACCCGUUUCCGAGCUUGUUGCUGGUAGAAAAAGAGUACUUGUGUUUUGUUUUCCUUCAUUUUUUGAAUGUAAAUUGAACCUUCUUAAAGCGAAAUCAGAGACGAGAGCAAAAGUGCAGUGGGAUCACAGCCUAACCGAUGCAAUGGACCUGAAGUCAGACGACGGGCUCUACUAUCAUGUGGAUUUUGGUGGUGUUCAACCAUGCCUCUACCUGUUGAGCGAAUUCGAAGACCACCGUUUGAGAAUGUGCAUCCCUAACAUCAUUGAAAAAAUCAAAACGGAAUUUGUGAGUCCCCUCCUUCAACGCGUUUCCUUUGCAUCUUUUACCACUUCCCACAAGGCGUUGGAGGGUGCAUUGAUGUAUGCAAUGGACCAGAUCCGCUAUCUUCUCCAACGCCGAAAACCUGGAUCUGCACGCCACCGGAUGCGACAAAUCUUUCUCUAUAAGAGUCGUAUCUUCCGCAAAGCUGCUAACGAUGUGCGCUCUUGCCGAGGUACGGCGCCUAAAACGAUGCUUGACCUAAGUUACCAGCGCCGGGUGCGCUCCGACCUCCUACGUAUCGAGAUCCUUCUCAAACGCCUCGGACGCAAACUCACUGGCGCCAACCUCUUCGAGGCUAUUCGGGAGGCCAAUGCAGUGAUCAAACGUCUGAAUGAUCUCAUGGAUUGUGUACGUUCCAAACGCCCAUCAGUCUUCACUUUCAGACUAUUUGGUAGAGCAGAGCACAUUAAUAGCGAAAGGGCACAUUUAUGUGCUGCCAAGCAUCCCGAAUGCAUGGUUCAUAUUUUAAAAAUCAACGCUUUUGAUCUUCCAGAUUCGAGUAAAUUUGAGCUGCGAUGCUAUCUCUACCUGGCGAAAAACCUACUGGCAUCAAACAAGACCGGUUUCUCCGAUCCUAUGGCUCGGGUCCUAAUAAACGAUGAGAUGCUGGAGACCUUUCCCGUCUACGACACCAUGAGUCCCCUGUGGGAUCUCACCCUCAUCAAAACCAACAUCACCUUUUAUCACAAACCCGAAGGUGUACUAGCCAAUCCGCCUCAAAUUAUUGUGGAAUUCUUCGACGUCAACGCUCCUAAAGCAUCAAGUUUUUUGGGUCGCUGUUUCUGUGAGCCCAACAUUGUCAUCAAAGGUGCCGACUAUCAACCCCCUCCACUUCAGUGGUGGCAGAUCUACCGUGGUCAAACAACGGCAGGAAAGCUGCUCGCCAGUUUCGAUCUUAUUGAGAUUGAUGCUUUGGACGAUAUUGAUGCGAUCCCCACUGUUGAGGAUCUUGCUGAUUUCACUCGUCGUUUCAACGAGCGUGUGUUGUUGGGCCCCUCUUGUGGAAUCCCUUUUUCUGACGACUCAGAUGAUUAUGAAGUGUAUGGAGAACAAUGGGACGAGGAAAUGCAACAAGCAGCUCGUCUUUUGGACGAAAAUGCAAUGGCAGAGCUAGAUGCACCUAUAGAGGAGACAGAUGAUUCGUACAGUCUCUUGUCCACUGCCACUUCAGGAACCCUUACCACUACAGUCCCCACGGCACGAAAGAAAAAGAAGAAGGCAAAAGUUGGCUUGGCGACAGCCGAUUUGGUCCGAUGGCGAGCAGAUGAUGCCCUUCGAUUGCCGGAAAACGUCCGUCCUCCGCUCGGCCGAUACAGACUUGAAGUGGUCUUUUGGGGUGUGCGUGAGUUACGAAGACAAUUCCUCCUACCUGUCAAUCGUCCAGUCAUCACAAUCGAGGUUGGAGGGACAAAAGUAGUCUCCGAUCUUCUUCGUAGUGCUAAGAUCAAUCCACUUUUCGAAAAACGUCUCAAAUACGUUGAUUUGUACCUCCCGUUGGACGAAAAGCUCUGGCCUCCGAUUACAGUUAUGUGUCAUGACCACAGAAUGUUUGGCGUUUACAUAACAGUUGGGUUGUGCACUCUCCCAAACCCUACAGACUUCUUCGAGAAAAAAGAUUUAGUCGUAUACGAUGAAUAUGAGGAGAGCAGCACGCCAGUAGAAUCGGAGACGCACCUUGAUGGGAAGGCGCAGAUCCUCACGAAGGCGUUAGCAGGCUUAGAAGAUCCAGACGCGGAAGAGACGCUGUCGGCAAAGGAUGGGACGCUGCAAGCAGGCCGUUACGGCGCCCCACAGCAACCUGCACCCGGGAGCUUUGGCAGUGGCAAUGCCGACGAUGGAGACGACGAAGAUGAGGAUGAGUACAGUCGAAAGGAGAGCGCAGCCGAGAGCAAAUCUUCUACAAUCAUGACCCAUACUACUGAGACACAUCCUGCCAUGUACACUGAACGCGACCCUAUAUUGAAGAAUGUUCCAAAAAAGGCAUCCAGCACUCUCGGUGGCUAUGAUGGACCGUUAGGCAAAGCUGGACCUCAAGCCGGACUGAAGACGUACCCUGUUAACCCCAUGACGAAACUGUCCAAACAACAGCUCAACACCCUUGACUGGUGGUCGAGACUGUUCGCCUCCUUAAACGACAUCGAUAUCGGCGAUGAUGUUUGUAGUAAAGACCACCGUCGCAGUCGUCGCAUGUCGAAGAGCCAGGAGUGGAAGGAUUCCACCCCAAUUGCGUCGACCAACGAAGUUCUCUCUGCAGCUGAUGACGAUAUGGAAGAAGCAGACUCGCGUUUCGAUGACAACUUGGAGAAAGUGGAACUCCUUCCGGAAGAUGUUGACACUGAGGAAGAAGUGAUAGCUGAAAUUCCAGAUGACGUCGUGGUUCAGGGGGGUCGAAAAUCUCGUCGAGACCGAAUCCGCAAAUUCUUCCGACUAAAGCCCAAAAAGGAGCUUACAGCUCUUGAAAAAUACGAGAAGCAGAAAGAAAAGGAGCGAAAGAAGAAAGCAAGAAAAAAUAAAAAAGGCAAAGUCGAACCCAAACUUCUUCUGAAGAUUCGUGGAGACGCAAAGAAAGCAUUCCUGAAAGAAUUGCAGGAUGACGUUAUUAUCACCAGUGCUGGAAUUGAUGCGAGCCUAAUUGAACGCAUCAAACAGAUUUAUGCCGCAUUUCUUCUUGUCACAUUUUACCUAUUCUUCCACCGGCUGCUCUCUCCCUCUGGGCUAUCGUUUAUGGCAUCUGUUUCGGAUGCAAUUCUUCAAAUGCUUUUUAAAUUCGGUUUAAAUAUGCAAUCGCAAUUUUGCAGUCAAGUCAAAAACAAGUAUUACAGCAUUUCACCUGUUACUUCGUUGCAGAUAUAUUCAUCCGAAUUGGAGGAAGUUCCAGAGUUCCAUGGCUUUUGUUCACCCAUCCGAAAUUUCCAGCUCUUUCGGGGAAAACAGGAUGAUGACGAUAUGACAACUGAAGAGCGUUCUGUUGGCUACUUCAAGCGCUUUCAAUGUGUUUCCUCCCAUUCACAGGGUAACCUUAAGCUGUACCCCAUUCCUGAAGACGCAGAUCCUCCAGAAUCGGUAGAAGAGUUGCAUUCUUUUUCAACACUCCCACAUAAAACCGACUGGCGAAUUCUCGUUAGAUGCUAUAUCAUUCGUGUAGAUCCCACAGGCCUUGCAGAUCCUUACCUCAUUGUAAGCAUGGGGAAACAAGUAUUUAAUGAAAAAUCCAACUACAUUCCCAAGACUCUACGACCAACCUUCGGUAAAAUGUUCCAAUUCGAGGUACAAUUUCCGACGACUACCAUCCUCCACAUAGCGGUGAUGGACCACGAUAUUCUUGGCUCUGAUGACAUGAUUGGUCAAACCGUAAUCGACCUUGAGAGCCGGUUCUACAGUCCCCAUAGGGCCACGUGCGGUCUAGCGCAGACUUAUUACAGUCACAGCUACGCACAAUGGAGAGAUAAUAAACUCCCUACCGAAAUCCUCUCAGAUUUGUGUCGAAAGAGUGGUCUUCCUCCGCCUGUCUACACACAAAUUGAUAACACCGUUAAAGUUGGAGGAAAGGUAUUCUAUGCAGACACCACCAUUGUGGAUGAGACAGAGUCAACAAAGAAAUCAAAUGAACCACUGGCUCUGGCUGCACUAAAUCACUGGGAAGAAGUGCCUGGUGGUACAGUGUUGGUACCAGAACACGUAGAAGUUCGGCGUUUAUUGCACCCAGAAAAGGGCAGCCUGGAGCAGGGUCGCCUGAUGAUGUGGGUUGACAUUUUUGAUCGUGAUGAAGACAAACCACCACCACCAAUUGAUGUGACACCUCGAACUCCUGAGCCAUGGGAACUCAGAUGCAUCAUUUACAAUACUGCUGAGGUGGUCCUCAAUGAUACCUCCCUGUUUUCAAAUGAGAAGAGUGCGGACAUUUACGUGCGUGGAUGGGUGCUAGGUGUUGGAGAAGACGAUCAGAAGACCGAUGUGCACUACAGGUCCCUCUCGGGUGAAGGCAACUUUAACUGGCGUUUUGUUUUCCCCUUCAAUUAUAUGCGUUACGAAGACAGAGUAGUUUUUGCACAGAAGAAGGCCUUCGACAUUGAUCCUGUCGAAGUUAAAAUGCCCUGUGAUCUCACUUUACAAGUGUGGGAUAAUGAACUUGUUCGAAGUGAUAAAUUCCUGGGAUCGAUUGCCCUUAAACUUUCCCGAAUGCCAAGACCAGCAAAGACACCAGCAACCUGUGGUUUGCAUCAGUUGGAGAAGACUUGUCCCACGCUGUCACUAUUCGAAAAUAAGCAAAUUCGCGGCUGGUGGCCACUUGUCAUUCACGAUGAAGAAGAAGGGGUGGACAUUGUUCAGGGGAAAGUUGAGGCUGAGCUGCAUCUGGUCUCUGGGCAGGACGCAGAAGCCUCCCCUGUUGGCAAGGGUCACGACGAACCCGAUGCGCUCCCACAACCCAAGUACCCGCCCAGACAGCUCUUUUAUGAGUUUCUUCGGCCCACUCAACACUAUUCGCUACUUAAUCAAAUACAAAUUGAAGUGGAUCCUCAUCAAGAUCUUGAUUGCCUUCCUGCUGCUGCUGAUAGUCUUCCUUCUCAUCUACACCUCACCAGGGUGGAUUUCAAAGAAAAUAUGGAAUGCAUAGAUGUCCAGAGAGCCUAUAUUCGCUCAAAAUUUAUCUCUCAAUGCAAAAACGACUUCUUAUCCGGAGCAUCUGCCAACCCUCCCGACUGUAUACUGUAA